GUCUUCAAGUUUAGGACAUAAUUUAGCCUCGAACGGAGCAGAGGAUAUUAUCACCACGGAUAGUCCCCACCGCCACUGCAAACAUGGUUGAGAGAUUUGUUGGAACGUGGAAAAUGGUUACGAGUGACAACUUUGAUGAGUACAUGAAAGCGUUGGGUGUGGGCUUCGCCACCCGUCAGGUAGGAAACAGGACCAAGCCAAGCCUUAUCGUCGCUAUGGAUGACCAAGGGAUGAUCUCCAUGAAGUCACAAAGCACUUUCAAAACGACCGAAAUUAAGUUUAAACUGAAUGAAGAGUUCGAUGAGACCACCGCCGACGACAGAAAGACCAAGACGGUAGUAACUCUUGAAAACAGCAAACUCGUCCAGAAACAGAUGUGGGACGGCAAAGAGACGACAGUAGAGAGAGAGGUGACCGAUGGAAAGUUGAUCGCGAAAUGUGUGAUGGGAGACGUGGUGGCGGUGAGGACGUAUGUGAAGGAGGCGUGAGUCCGUGGUUGCCCGCGGGAUGGAACACGCAGGGCUCAGUUCAAUGAGUCAGAAGUGCCCGCGAGAUUUCCUCGUUUUCCUCGUCUGCCUCUUUGUAACACCAAGACAACACUAUACUUUGUUUUGCAAGCUUAUUGAAUUGACUAUAUUGAUCAUUAUAGACAUUUGAAUAAAAAUUUAAUUUUUUGCCUGA